GCUAAUCCGUUUACUUCCAUAGACUUCCACUACUGUAUUUAUAGCAGUUCGACUCGGGCUGAUUUUUUACAGCUAAUGUUUUAGCAUGCGUGCAUGGUAGUUUUUGGCCUUCAUAUCUCGAUGCAUUCAGGUCGUUUUGGAGCACUUUGAGCAAACUGGGACAUUUUAGACUUGAAAUAGGUAGAACUGUGUGUUUGACAACGGAGGCCGCACAUUAGCAUCGGUGUGUAACACUGCUUUAGGUUAGCCUGUUAGCACUGUGCGCGUGUGCGUGUGCGCGGUGAAAAGUUUUCAGCGAUGCCUGCGAUGUUGGAAAAAAGCACAGCGGAGAUCUCAGGGAAAAGAAGAGGCCGACAUUCUGUCAACAACCCCAACAAAAGUUUCACCUCAAACGGUAACAGUAAUAAUUCUUGGGAGGAAGGAAGUACGCCUUCAUCAAGUGAUGACGAGCAUGGUGCAGGAGGGAUGAGAGUGGGCUCACAGUAUCAGGCAGUGGUUCCAGAUUAUGAUCCAGAAGUGGCCAAGGCAAGCCAAGAGAGAGAGAAUCUGGGGAUGCUGGUAUGGAUUCCCAACCAGAACUUGCCAGAGUCUAAAUUGGACGAGUAUAUUGCAAUAGCCAAAGAAAAACAUGGGUACAAUAUGGAGCAGGCGUUGGGUAUGCUCUUCUGGCACAAACACAACAUAGAAAAGUCUUUAGCAGAUCUUCCUAACUUCACUCCUUUUCCUGAUGAGUGGACAGUGGAGGACAGAGUGCUCUUUGAACAGGGCUUCAGCUUUCACGGCAAGACUUUCCAUCGUAUUCAACAAAUGCUUCCAGACAAGUCUAUUGCAAGCCUGGUUCGAUUUUAUUAUUCAUGGAAGAAAACACGAAGCAAAACCAGCGUGAUGGACCGUCAUGCACGCAAGCAGAAGAGAGAUCGUGAGGAGAGUGAUGAGGCUGAAGAGACGAGCUGCAUCUCUCCAGCUGAUGGAGAAUUAGAGCCAAAAAAAGAAGAGAAAAAAGAGGGCUCAUCUGGACUUCAGAAACAGGAUACAGUUGUUCAAAAGCCAGCACCUCCCACAGACAAACCACUUCACAUUAAAAAAGAAGCACAGGGUUCAAGAAGCCACAACCGGGCCAAAAGAAAGCCACCUAAAGGCAUGCACCUGCACCGAAGCGAUGUGACAGCUGUUUCGAGCAGCGGCCCGGCUGCAACCGGCAUCCUCAGGCAACUGGACAUGGAGCUCAUCACCAUUAAACGACAGAUCCAGAGCAUCAAACAGAGCAACAGCGCCCUGAGAGAGGUGCUCAGUACUGGAGUGGAGGAGUUCCGACCUGCUGAGGUGAAUCAGAAGUUCAAUACACGCUGGACUACAGAGGAGCAGCUUCUUGCUGUCCAAGCUAUAAGAAAAUAUGGAAGGGAUUUUCAGGCCAUUUCCGAUGUCAUCGGCAACAAGUCAGUGGUGCAGGUCAAGAACUUUUUCGUAAACUACCGUCGCCGCUUCAACCUGGACGAGGUACUUCAGGAGUGGGAGGCUGAGCACGGUGUGGAAUCUUCUAAAAGUUCAGAGGAGGAGAAGAUGGAGGUGUCAUCUGAAGAGGGCACCACCACUCCUGUUCCACCUGAGGACCAGAAGGAGGAACCCACAGAAACACAGACCGCCUCUGCUUCCUGAGUGCCCACACAUUGGUCAGGUGAUUGCUCCCUCUAUAUAAGCAGACCAGCUGAUGCCGUGCUGUUGCAAAAGAGGCACUGGGUUAUACAGACUCUUCCUACUCGUUGUUUUUUUUGUUUUGUUUGUUUUUGUUUUUUUUCUCCUUUAACCCAGCUGAGCUUCAGGAAUCUUUUACAUCCCACCAAAUGAUAGCGCAAACAUCAACUGGUCUAUUAAAAGGAAUAAGGACUGUUUUAACUUCUGUACUCACUGCCAGCAGGAAGUAGAGUCUCUUUAUCAGGUUAAUGUGGUGCCUGGUGCUCCAAGCACUAAUUCAUUUAAUUGUCAGAAACUUUAAGAACGUUGGACUGAUUCUCAUUA